GUGGGUGAUUAUAUCGGCUUAGUGCUAUCAACGUAUGCACUCGUUUUAUGCAUCUUGUUUGGUUUACCGAUCACAUUGUUGGCUAUGAUGGUAUUCAACAUCGUUCUCGAUUGCUUCCUCGGUCUGAUUCCACUUUUGGGUGAUGCACUUGAUGUUGCUUUCAAGGCAAAUUUGCGUAAUCUUCGAUUGCUAGAAGAUCACUUGAUCUCAAACGAUGGUAAAUGUGGAGCAGGUCACUUCAACCUCAUCUUCCCGCCUUCCACGGAAUUCUUACCAAAGAAUGGGCCACAAGAAGUGUUUGUUGCUUCU